CUUCCUGUCCGCUUCCCCAGCUCCAUUUCACACCCCUGUAGCUGCAACGCCACGACGCUCCUCCAUCCGGCCUGACUACUGCUCCCUCCCCUGUCCCCUCCGUUUGCGGCUGUAGCUACUACCUAGUGGCUAGCUGCGAGACAAGCCGGGCCUUUUGUCCCUCGCUCGCCGCGGUUCCACACGAGCUGCGUCGUCGUCGCCGCCGCCCUCGAUCCCAAGAGCUAGCGAAGCCAGUGAUCCAUGGGGCGCGCGCCGUGCUGCGAGAAGAGCGGGCUGAAGAAGGGGCCGUGGACGCCGGAGGAGGACGAGAAGCUCAUCGCCUACAUCAAGAAGCACGGCCAGGGCAACUGGCGCACCCUCCCCAAGAAUGCCGGGCUCGCGCGGUGCGGGAAGAGCUGCCGGCUGCGGUGGACCAACUACCUGAGGCCGGACAUCAAGCGCGGCCGCUUCUCCUUCGAGGAGGAGGAGACCAUCAUCCAGCUCCACAGCAUCCUCGGCAACAAGUGGUCAGCGAUCGCGGCGCGGCUGCCCGGGCGGACGGACAACGAGAUCAAGAACUACUGGAACACGCACAUCCGCAAGCGCCUGCUCCGCAUGGGCAUUGACCCCGUCACCCACGCGCCGCGCCUCGACGUCCUCGACCUCUCCGCGCUCCUCAAGCCCGCCGCCGCCUACUACCCCACGCAGGCCGACCUUGACACGCUCCGCGCCUUCGAGCCGCUCGCCAACUACCCGGACCUGCUCCGCCUCGCCGCCUCCACCCUGCUCGCGGGCUCGCCCGCGAUCGGCGACCAGCAGCAGCAGCAGCAGCAGCUUCUGCCUUGGCUGCUGCAGGCGCAGAUGGCGCAGGCGGCCGCCAUGGUGGCGCCGCCGCCGCAGCAGCAGGCCGAGCAUAAUCAGUUCAUGCAGCAGCAGCAGGCCGCCGUAGCCGCGUGCCAAAUGCCGGACCUGGUCCACGCGAGCCCGACCUCGGUGGCCCAGCAGCUGGCGGCAGCCGCGCAGCAGCAACAGCACCAGCACCAGCCCCAGGACAUGGCCGCGGCGGCCUGCCACAGCAUGCAGCCGCCCACCGGCUACGUCGUCGACAGCCAGCAGCUGGACGUCCCGGCGCUGAUGCAGAUGGUCCAGCAGCCCGACGCGUCGAACCUCCAGCAGUGGAGCAGCACGGUGACGAGCAGCAACAACAACAACGUCGGCUCCGGCGUGUCCACACCGUCGUCCAGCCCCGUCGCCGGGUUGAAUUCCACCGCCACGACGACGACGUACGGCGGCGCGAGCGCGAGCAGCAGCGACGCCGCCGCGCUGUUCAACUUGCAGCUGUCGGACCUCCUCGAUGUCAGCGACUACAUGUAACACCCAAAAAUCCCACGGCCGGGACCCGCCCGGCGAUCCGCGGAGAGACUAUACUGCUAGGUCCAACACUUCAUCUCGUACCACCGCAAGGGGCGAACGGAAAUCUAUCUCAUCGAUCAGGGACUCGAUCCAUUUUGUACAGAAUGAAUUGUUUGCACCCUUCUUCAUGCCAGUUCGUUCAUGUGGUUACAGUUAGAGAAGCUUCUACUCCCUUGGAUUUC